UGACUGAGUGGCUGCGACUUAAUGCCUGACAGGUCUACAUAUGGCGUGGCGUCUGUGCAGCUAUGCAUCACACCACCCAGAUCAAUUCCCUCCCCGGUCACCCAGUCAGUAUGUGUGUGUAUCAACAAGCAAGAAAAUGGCCAUUCAUCCAGCCAGCCAAUUACAUAGAUGGAUGAAAAUGCAUGGCCACACAGGCAGACAGUCAUUCCAUCUAUCUCCUGCCCUGCACUGCCCUGCCAGUCUACACACAGAGACAGCCUCCCUGCUUGUCCUUCCCUGUUGGCUACGCAUCGCGUCAGCCGACGAGUGCACAUCACAUCACAUCCAUGCAGCCAGUCCAUAUCAGUGUGUGUGUGUGGUAUGCAUUGUCCCCGCGGCAGGCCAUCUACACUACUCACGGUGGCAAAUCCAUCUACGGCUCCGUGUGUGUGUGCGUCUUCAUUCGUUCAAUCAUCGCUCCACCGGUCGGUAUGUGCCGCGAGUGCCCCUGUUCCGGCCGGCCGACCGGCCCCCCGACCCGCCACGCCACUCGUCUAAGCUGUGCAGCGGACUGGAAUCAGCCUUGGCUGCACAAACCAACACGCACAGAGGGACACAUGAGUGUGCAGAGGAGAGGUGUGUGAGGGGUGGGUGUGAACGUUGCGUUGCGUACGUGUGUCUCUGAAUGGCUCGUUGAGUUGUCUCCUGUACUCUUGGUAGGCGUCGAGGUCGUCGUACCGGCGGCCAUCGCUAGGCGACACGGAAUGCAGAUACGCAAUCCAGGACGUCUGAUGUAUUUAUUGCAAGGAGGGAGGCAAGACAACACACCCAUGGCAUCCCACGCCACGUCAGGCACACUCUUUGUUGUGUGUGUAUAGGAACGAACGCACCAGCAGUUGUGUGUUGACGAUCAUCUCGUGGAAGAAUCCGGUCUCGUAGGUCGGAAUCGGCUGAAUCGUGCUGCAUUAGUCAAUCCAUAACCAACACAUCCGACGUCAUACUCGUGUGGGUUUGCCUGUUCUGAUUGCAUGUCGGUUAUCCGUACCGUUUGGUCAUGGCGAGUGGUUUGAGCGCUGCCUCCAUCAUGGCCAGCAGCGAGUGCAGCAGCUCCUCGGGCCACUUGGUCCACACCGCAACCGACUGACCCAGCCAUCAACGCGCAAUUCAUCAACGACAAAUGGAGCGAACGAACAGUGCAGACACCGACCCACCGCACCUGUUUCUUCUUGGAGCAUGUGAUUUCGAUGCACCACGGCAGCCCGUCCGGCAGUUUGUUGCCCGGAUGACCCUUGCCGUCACGGCUCGACAACCUACCAGUCCAGUCAGCAUUCCAUCCCCACACAUAACAUGUGAGGGCGUGGCUUUGGUGAGUGAUGAUGUGUGUGUCAUAUGGUGUGCGGAGUAGAGACCACCCACCCCACCUGUGUGUGAGUAUGAUGGUGAUGCCCUUGGAGGGAGGCGGCUCCGUGUCCAAAUCCAAUCGCUCGGCCAACUGGGGAAUGCAAUGCGACUCCAUAAAGUAAAGUCACGUGUGGAUGGCUGAGGGAAUGUGCGUAUGUGCGUACCAGGCAUCCCUCGACGACCUUCCAGUAGCGCAGCACCGUCGUGAUAGCCGCGACCAAUGGAAUGCCCAACGCUGUGUGAUGCGAUGCACCCACACAUACACACACAUUUACAGACAAAUCAAGUGCACACCUCCUUUCGUUUGCCCGCCUUCUGCUGUUCCGUCCUCGUUGUGUCGAUCGACUGCCUUACUUACUUCCAGCUUUGUAUUCGCGUGUGUUGAUGGGCGUGCCCUCCGCCAGCUCCUUAGCCGAGCACGACGCCAGACGGGACGGCCAGUCACUCACAGGCACGUCACCUGUCAUGCAUGACACACACACACGACACACGACACACACGUGUGACAUGACAACCUAAGCUGCACCCGUAUGUGCGUAUGUGUGCAGUGAGUGCACUCACAGCGGUCGAUGUACUGCCGCAUCACCGGAAGGUUGUUCCUGAACAUCACAUUAACCACGCACAGCAUCAAUCAGAUCAUCCUAUCCGCUCAUUCAUUCCCUUUGGCUGUCUUCUCCCUGCCACCCCACUUACUCGUCGAGAAACUGGUCGUACGUGGGAUGUUUGCCCACCGCUGCGCCAUACGCUAUGCCGCCAGGGGGCGCUAUGGCUGUUGGACACACAACACAUGACGCACAGAAACAAAGGCAACCACGCGUGAAUGAGGCCGGGCGGGGUGGGGUGUCCGCUUUGCUCUGACGAGUUGGUCACCUCACCUGGUGCGAAUGCCGAUCCAGGGGGCAUCUCGUGUGUGGGGCUGCCGCGACUGGUCGCACUCUGGAACAUCCAUCGCAUCGACAGGUGCGGUGCAGAGAGGGAUGGACACGUCACACGUAUCGAUGGAGGCAGGUGGGUAUGCCGACUGACUGACCUUGGCGCUGGCUUCGCUGCUGCUGCUGGCGCCCUUGGGCGUGACGAACUCUACAUACUUGAGGCGAGACGACAAAUCCGCCUUCCUCAAGGUGCUGACAGACGAACAAAUGACACACAUACAUUGCCAGACAGUGUCUUGCUGUGCGAGCCUUCGAGUGAGGGUGCAUACGUUGUGGUACGCAGGUGGUCGAACCAGGAUUGCUGUAUGAAGACACACAACAUGUAGACAGGGAGUUGUGUGUGUGUGUGUGUGUGUAUGGACAGCUCGAGGCAUAUGAGUGUGUUUAGACUACUCGCAUACCAUGAGUUUGGUGUUGAUGAUGAAAUUGGCGAAGAAGACGGCCUCGUACGUGUCGCACGGAUGCAGACACUUCCGACCCAUCGGCUACACACACACACACACAAAUGGAGGGAUGGAUGGAUGGAUGGAUCGGUGAGUGUGUGUGACCCUGGUCAUGGUGCGAGUGAGAUGUCUGACCUUAAACAGGGCUACGAUCAUCGCUAGGAGGGUGCGCAGGUCAUCACACGACCACGACGUCAGCACGGCUAUGCACUGACACACGCAAUCACACAUCACAUCCACACACACAUUUUCGGGCAAUGUCAGUACCUGUUUCUUGACGUAGCAGGUGACAGCAACGGUCCAGACGCUGCCGGGGUCAUCAUCCCACGCACGGCUGGCCGCAGGGAUGCGAUACCUGCACAGCACACAGACGGACAUGUCGUCGAUGAAGGUACCCACGUAUCUGAGUGAGUGAGUGUGUGUCGGUGCUGUGCUGACUUGUCCAUCAUGUGCAGCUCGAUCUUCUCCGCAUCGAUGCUCUCACACGGACCAAUCUACACACACACACACACACACACAGAGAGAGAGAGAGAGACGAGGAGUGCUGGCGUGACCUUAAGCAGCCAGCCUCCAUAAAGAUGCCCGUACCCAGACUCUGGAUGCGAUGCGCCAGAACUUGAGGACGCCACACAGUGUGGACAGGAAGGGCAUCUCUGAACCCUUCUCCUUCCGGGACACUGGCACUACACAUACACACACAGACACAGACACAUGGCAUGGGCGUGUGUGCGCCUCUCUGUGCGUGUGAGUGUGUGUACUCUUACCCCUGUUGGUCGGUUCGUAUUCGUUUGGCAGGUCGGGCAUGUUGGGGGCUUCCUCAGUCACCAGACGAGACGCCCAGUCCGUCAUCGAUAUGUCAAUGUCCGCUGACACACACACACACACACACAUAGAGAGAGAGAGGGAGAGAGAGAGAGAGACGUAACGUGGAUUGCGUGUCAACAAGCGCGUGGUACACACAUGGACCUACCUGCGUGGAUGUCUGUCGUGACGGUGGCUGAGUCCUCCUCCGUGUAGUACUUCCGCGGCAACUCACCCGUGUCGCUGCACAGCACAGCACAGCACAGGACACACAUCACGAUGCAGACAGACAUAUCCACGUCACGUACGCUCCCAUGUGUUGUGGGUUGGAUGGAGCACUUACACGUCCUUGGCGGCGCCACUUAGAUGCGCGGCAGAUGACGACCGGGAGGGCUCUGAGAACAUAUGCGAUGAAUGAAUGGAUGUGAUGCCCCCCUGUCUCCGUGCGUGUCCGGCUGACCCAGCUCUUCUGGUUGUUGCUGCUGCUGCUGUGUGUAGUUGUCGUGUGGUUGAUCUUCCUCACCCUCGACGAUCUCGUCUGGCUCGGGACGCAGGAUGUUCUCAUUCGCAUAUGCCGUCAUGGCUGACAUGCACACACGCGCAGAAUACACCGAGAGGCGUAGAUACAUGUCAUGUGCUGCAAUGCAUUGCAUGUGGGGGAGUGGGGUGUGGUGUGCUUUCAUACUUGCGCCUCGCAUCGGUGAGGACAGUUGCACGUCGCGGUCUGGCAGGUAGUGGCACACACAAGGAAGCAGACAGAUUUGGUGGGUGCAUAUAACUAAUUUAUGUGGGCCCCCUGUCCGUGCUGUCAACGUAACGUACCAAUGGCAGCUUCGAUGAGGUUGGCGAUGGUGUGUCGGUCCAUGGUGAGAAUCUCAGACUGCCAGCCACGACGGGUCAACGGGAACGCCUUGACACGCACCAGAAGGAGACACAUGGAUGGAUGGAUGGAUGUGUGUGUAAGCUGUCUGUUUGUCUGUCUGUCUGUCUGUCUGUCUGACCACUUGUUUAUCGUCCAUGAUGUGUUUGAUGGUGUCGAAGCUCAUCAUGUCCACCAGCCGCACAAACUCGUCGAUCUUGACGAUCUUGCCGCACUCUGCACCGCACCCAAACACACGACACACACAGGGACACGUCUGUCUGUGCCUGUGUUGUUCCCUGCUGCUGACUGACUGACUGACUGACCGGCCUUUGCCUCUUCCCAGAGGUUGAAGACGACGUUUGGGUCACGCCGCUGCACCUCACCCAACACACGCGAUAACUCCUCACUGAUUGCACACAUCACACAGAGAGAGAGAGACAUACAGAUCCAUUGGCUUGGCUUGACAACAAGGAAGGAGUAUGUGUGGUGUGGAUGGAUGUGCUGUGCACCCCGCCCGCACCGGUCUCGGUAAGGGAAGCUCUUGGCCUCGCACUCGUCAGGAAUCGUAUUGACCUGUUCAUGCCCAUCAAAGCGUUUGCCUCAUCUUGCGAAAGUCACGGGUGUGGUGUUUGUGUGCAUUUGUACGAGCAGUCGCCAGUCGAUGGGCAUGUCGACGAGCAUGUCGGCCAAACGCGAGAGCAACGUCGCCAGCUCCGAUGCACUCACGUCACCUGCACACACACACACAGAGAGAGCGAAGGAUGAGACGAGGCAACGGAGGCAUGGUUUGUUGACAUGCCUCGAUCGUACCCAGAUGCAUUUCGUCCUCUGGCUGCUGCCCUGUCCCGGAGCUGCUGGCUGCUGCAGCAGCGGCCGCCGCCGGGGCUGAGCUAUCAGCCGCCUGAAAGCACACUCACGCAUAGCAUAGGCACUCCCCCAUGCCAUGCGAGCGAUUUCGUGGCCGCCACCCCACCCACCUCCUUGUGCUGGUCUUUCUUUCUGUCUUUUUUCUUUUUCUCCUUUUGCUGCUGCUGCUGCUGGUGCUGUGCCUCUUGCUCCUUCAGCCGCUCCUGGGAAGUCUGCCAGGGCUUCAGACCCCUGUCCUCAUUCUCCUGUGGGCAUAAAGGAAAUGAAUGCAUGACACGACGCGCAUCGCAUCGCAUCCAUGGCAUGGCAUGGGAACCAUCCAUAUACCCGGCUGGCUGGCUGUUUGCAUUCAGUUGUGUAGGUGUGUACGGUGUGUAUCGGUCGGGUCGGGUCGGCUGACCUUACCUUGUCGCGUUUAGCGUCCGCUAUGUUGUUGAUGGAUAUUUGCGGCAGGGGGAUCUUCUCCUUGGCCAAGUAAUCGCGGAUGCACUGACACCGAAGCCGACUCGUCUCGACCAACUUCCUGCAUUGCACACAAUGAAUGCAACACACGCACACACACACACACACACACACCUGCGCUCAUGGGAUGGGUCGAGUCGGUGCGUGUGUUGGUUUCAGCCGUGCUUACCAUCCGAUGAUCUCUUCAAAUUCCCUCCUCUGCUCUCCAACAAUGUUCUCGGCGGGAUUCCGACGACCCGCCUUCUCAUACUGAAUAUAUCACAGCAAAUGACCAUACAACAAAACGCACACACACGGCAUGAGUGGACGUCACAGCAACGCCCAGGUGUGGUUGUCAGUCAGGCAGAUCUGUGUGCGGCAGCCAGCCGUCCAUACUAUUCUUCCCAUCCUGCCGUGAUCUUUUUUGUUUCUCACCGCUUUCUGGACGAGGGCAGACAGGUCGUCGGUGUCAGUGUUGUCGGCGCCGUCUGGAUUGUACAGCCCUGACGCAUCGUAGUAGGUCCCGUUGGAGCGCAGCUGAGCCAUGGCGCACAACCAGGAGCUGGUAGAUGGAUGGGACCACGGACCUCACGGAGUCAUCCGCGAGGGACUCCGUUUUUUUACGGAAGAAGAU